UCUUGAUGGCACUACCUAUCUCCUUUUGUCUGGGGAGGCCUAAUGCCUAUGAUCAAUGCAGAGGUUAUCGAACCGCCAAAUGUCAUGAAAAUGGUAGUGCCGUCUUUGAUCUUUCGUUUCUGUUGUUUUACCAAAACUUCGUUCAAGCACUUCUGGUUCUUCUGUCUGCUCUCUCUGUCUCUCUUUCCUCCAUUGUCUAUUCCUUAUCCUCCACUCCAAUCUCUGCUCCACAAAUCAUCCUUGUCUUAUCCUUGACUGCUAAUUUAGGAAACAAAACCAAAUAUGGAACAAGAUCCCAUUUAUCAGUUCCUUAUUUGAGUUCCUGUUGACUUUAUAGCGAGCAGAUUGUGCACUCCUGCAGCCACAAAUUUCAAUCAUAAACAAAACCCGCUAUUUCUUUUUCCUUUCUUUUGUCUCUCAAUCAAUCUGCAAUGGAGAAAUCUGGUUAUGGUCGUGAUGGUAUUUACAGGUCACUAAGACCAAAACUUGUCCUUCCUAAGGAUCCUAACCUUUCUUUGGUCUCGUUUCUUUUUAGAAACUCCAAUUCUUACCCUCAUAAACCGGCUCUUAUUGAUGCGGAUUUGUCUAUAACCUUAUCUUUUUCAGAGCUCAAAUCCAUUGUCAUCAAGGUCGCUCAUGGAUUACUCAACCUGGGCAUCUCUAAAAAUGAUGUUGUUCUUAUCUUUGCUCCCAAUUCUUACCAAUUCCCUAUCUGUUUCUUGGCUAUCACUUCCACUGGUGCUAUUGCAACAACUGCAAAUCCUCUUUAUACAACCUCAGAACUUUCGAAACAGAUUAAAGAUUCUAAUCCCAAGUUGAUUAUUACAGUCCCUGAAUUGUGGGACAAAGUGAAAGGUUUCAAUUUGCCUGCUGUCUUUUUAGGACCCAAACGAGUGUCUUUGCCGUUGGAGUCAGGUUCUAGAAUCACAAGUUUCGAUUCUUUGGUUGGGUUAGGAGGAUCUAAUUCUCAGUUUCCUUCGAGUAAUGUGAAGCAAAGUGAUAUAUCUACGCUUUUGUAUUCGUCAGGGACUACAGGGGUUAGUAAAGGAGUGAUUUUGACACAUGGGAAUUUCAUUGCUGCUUCUUUAAUGGUCACUAUGGAUCAAGUAAUGGCAGGUGAGAUGCACGAUGUUUUCCUUUGUUUCUUGCCCAUGUUUCAUGUGUUUGGAUUGGCUGUGAUCACUUACUCACAGCUACAAAUGGGAAAUGCUGUUGUGUCAAUGGGAAAGUUUGCAUUUGAGAUGGUUUUGAAGACUAUUGAGAAGCACAGAGUGACCCAUAUGUGGGUUGUGCCUCCAGUGGUGCUUGCUUUGGCUAAACAGGAUAUGGUUAAGAAGUAUGACCUUUCGUCGUUGAGAAAUAUUGGUUCUGGUGCUGCCCCUCUGGGAAAAGAUUUGAUGAAGGAAUGUGCCAAGAAUUUGCCUGAUACUAUAAUUUCUCAGGGCUAUGGCAUGACUGAAACUUGUGGCAUUGUAUCAGUGGAGGAUUCGAGACUAGGUGUUCGACAUUCUGGCUCUGCUGGAAUACUUGCUGCAGGAAUUGAGGCCCAGAUAGUCAGUGUGGAAACUCUAAAGCCUCUCCCUCCUAAUCAGUUAGGGGAAAUAUGGGUUAGGGGACCCAAUAUGAUGAGAGGUUAUUUCAAUAACCCGCAAGCCACAAAAGAUACCAUAGAUAAGAAGGGUUGGGUCCAUACUGGAGAUCUUGGAUAUUUUGAUGAUGAUGGACAACUUUUUGUGGUCGAUCGGAUUAAAGAGCUCAUCAAGUAUAAAGGUUUUCAGGUUGCACCUGCAGAACUGGAAGGGCUGCUAGUUUCUCAUCCUCAAAUUUUGGAUGCUGUUGUCAUCCCAUAUCCUGAUGCUGAAGCUGGUGAGGUCCCAGUUGCAUAUGUUGUGCGCUCACCCAAUAGCGCACUGACUGAAGUAGAUGUUCAGGAAUUUAUUGCUGAUCAAGUUGCACCUUUCAAAAGAUUGCGGAAGGUGACUUUCAUAAAUACUGUACCUAAAUCAGCUUCAGGAAAAAUCCUCAGAAGAGAGCUCAUUCAGCAAGUAAAAUCCAAGAUAUGAGGUUCCACGGUCCCUUCGCAGAUACUUGGCUUGCAGGAGAAUCGACCUGGAUUCUUAACUUGGCUUCCAUUUCUCUUCUUGUUGUUGAAUGAAAAAGGAUUUUUAUUUAAGAUUUCCAGUUACUAAGUAAAUUGUUUUUUCAACAUGUUAUGGAAGUUACUAUCAGUCUCAAGUAAACUACUGUUCUUCAAA